UGCUGACGGUUCUCCUGUAAAUUCCCCAACCGACUUACUCUAUGGUACAAAUGUAACUGCACAAACCAAAGCAACUAUUAAAUGCACUGAUCCAUUACCCAAUGGAGCAUAUCCAAUGCCUCGUUGUUAUUCUGAUAUAAUGUGUAUGUAUGGUGUGCAGCAAAAUGAUAUAAAUACAAUUUCGAGCUAUCGUUCAUAUAGGUCGACAAGUCACUUGGCUACCUUUUUUGCUCAAUUUGUUUCAUUCGACAUUACGUCAUCAAAAAACACCUUGAGUACUUAUCCGAUGUUUUUACCUGCUGAUGAUCCCUUCUAUGUUCUAAAUGGUUCAUCCCCGAACUCUCCUCAAAUCGAUGUAAACUUCCUACCUGCCAAUAGAUCAGCUGGUAAUGACGGUACAAAUCCUCUUACUAGUGGAAUAAAUUUGGUUACUCCUUUUCUUGAUUUAAAUAAUAUCUAUAGUAGUAAUGAUACUUUAAUGUUGACUAAAUUUCGUGACACUUCGAGUAAACGUGGAAAAUUAAAGGUAUCAAUUGCUAGUAAUGGUGAUCAAUAUCCACCAAAAACUCCCUCUGGUGAUUAUGACUUGGGUGCUACUUCCACGCGUUCUCGCAAUAUAUUCACUGUAGCCAUCCACACAAUCUGGUUACGAGAACAUAACCGUAUGUGUGAUCAAUUAUAUCAAAUUUAUCAAGAUUCUUGGACGGAUGAUCAAUAUUUUCAGGAAGCUAGACGUUGGACUACUGCUUUUUAUCAAAAAGCGGUUGCAGAAGAAUAUAUUGGGGCUGUUCUUGGUCGUCCUCUGCCUGCAUACCAAAAUUAUAAUCCCGAUCUUAAACCUGGGAUAGAUACAUUCUUCGCAACGGUUACAUUUCGUUACGGACAUAGUGAAUUAAGUGAUCUUUAUCAAAUCCGAGACGAUCAUGGCGAUGUCCUUACUAAUGUUGCCUUGAACGAUAUUAAAGACCUUACACUCUUGGAAAAUUUUGGAUUGGAAAAGGUAUUAUUGUCGAUGGUACUUCAACGUCAGGAGGAUGUAGAUAAUUUUUUUUCAAACUCAACCAAAAAAGCAAUCGGCCCUGAUCAAGUCACUUAUGAUCUAGCAUCUUUCGAUUUGAUAAGGUCUAGGGACCGCGGCAUUCCUUUAUACAAUAAAGUGAGGCAAUUUUUUAAUUUGCCACAGGCUCAAUCAUUUUCUGAUAUUUCCAAUCUUGAUAAAGUAGAGGCGUUGGUUGGUGUUAUGUGUGAACCUCAUUUGGAUGGUGCUAAUUUUGGUAUGACCAUGAAUGCGAGCAUUGUAACACAA